AUUUUGGGUGGCCGUUGGUGGGGAUUUUCUUUUCUUUUCUUUUCUUUUUCCUCUGUUGGGCGAGGUAAGUAUAUAUGGUCUUAAUUUCUUGGCUUUCGUUGGCGUUGAACGAGCUUAGGAGAUUGGGUUUGGUUGAUUUGGUUCGCGAGUUGGAUUGGACGCUGGUGCUAGCGAGUUUGCAAAGGAAUUUCUCUCAGAUGGUAGCGAACGGUGAGUGGUGGCGAGAGAGGUGCUGGACAGUGGGUGUGGUUGCCAGAGACAUGCUGUUGGAGCAGUUACCUAGCUUUGUCUCUGAUUACCUUGGAGGUGACAGUGGUUGGGACUGGGAAUUAGAUGACAGAGUUUAGAGAAGAGGGACGCCACCUGGCGUUGCUUGGGCAGGUAUAUCAAUUUUCAUAAAGAGGUACACAUCAA